AUGCCAGACACAGACAUCCCCCCAGGCACCAACGGCCCCUGGCACGCUCUCGACGCCGACUACCCGGCCGGCAUGAUCUGGGAAGGCACAAUGUUCGCGCCCGGCCGAGACGAGGCUGUCUGGGGACGGCAAGAUGCGCUGGAAGUCGUUGGACCACCAGGCCCUCUAGACGACGAAACCGCACCAGACUACACCUGGCGCGUGACCAACUCCGGACGGCGUGUGUACACGGGCGAGGCGCGGGUUAGGAGUAAGCGGCCGGGUGCGCAGCAGAUGGCGUACCAGACGGGGUUCUGGGCGCGGUGGGACCGGGGGGAGCGGUGGGUUGCGAGGGGUGGUGAGGUUGCGGGGGAGCGGUUUCCCGACGGGCUGCCUAUUCGCUCGGGGGGUGGAGAGGGGCAAGUGUUGGGGAGGGAGGGAAGCGCGCCUACACCAGUGCCUGCAGAGAUGCGGAUCGUGUCGAUGCGUGAGCACAACCGGGGAGGAUUUGGAGAUUUGGCUCGGCACCCACAAGUCCCCGUACCAAGCACCGCUAUCGCCGUCGACGCACAUGUAGACGGCGAGUACGAAAUAGAUACAGACUUCCCCACCACCAUCACACCCACCCCACACCCCCCCGCCGUCAUCGCAGCGCAGAACGAUCUCGUCUCAGACAGCACACCGCCCAAGACGUCACCGCCCCGCGUCAUCACCACCUGGGACGACGACAACCUGCUGAGCCUCUGGAAGUGGAAGGUGAUUCGCAAGAAAGGGUUCGAGCCGAUGCUGGCGCACUUUGAGGGGCAGACGGUGCAGUCGCUGCGGCAGGCGUGGACGACGCAUAGAGUGCGGUGCGGGGAGUUGGGGAGGGCGUGGAGGGGGGCGGGGAGUGGGUCGUAG